AAGGAAGUUAGUUGCGAUGAGAUUUUAAGCUGAGAAAGUCGUAAAAACAGAUUCUUGAUUUUUUGAGGUUAACAAAGUUUGAAUUUUAAAAAUAAAAAGUAAAAUUAAUUGUCAAUAAGCCAUGCGAACGCUGGUCGUGUUAUCUAUGCUGCUGUGUGCAGUCAGUGCAUUUAGACUUAAUGAGAUUAGACCGCUUGGUAGACUUAAUGCAUCACCUAGGAGUGAUUGUUUAGGAGUCCCAAACGGAGCACAACUGCCACACCCUGUUAACUGCAAUCAAUUCAUUCUUUGUGAGAACAAUAUCGGAUUGACACUCACUUGCAGAUCAAGUCAUCCACAUUUUGACAGAUGCAGUGGACGAUGUGUUGAUGAUAUUUUGGUUUGCAUGAUUACCGAUUGCAAUGGAGCUCCAAAUCCACCUCCAACUCCAACUGACCCACCAAUUGACCCUCCAGUCACACAACCACCAACAACUCCAGAAAUACCGACAGUAUCAACAGAAGGGGUAACAAUAGAGCCAGAACCAACGACAACAACGCGUUUUGUUGUUCCAACUGUGCCUUAAUAAAUUCUUGAAAAACUUAUUUUUAAUAAAU